AUGCCGAAGGGUUUAAUACCCCUUAUGCUCAGUCCCAGUUUGACCGAGGGAUUCGGCUCCGGUCCCUCAAGAACCACCGUCAUCCUCCCCGGCGGCCAAUACAUCAACCCUCCCGCCGCCGCGUCGUCCGCGUCUCCGGCGCAUAAGCGCAACGCCAGCGAUGUCACACCCAUGAUCAAACUCUCCCGGCCGCCCGUCAGGACUACGAAGCGCCACUCCCAGCAAGUACCCGCUUCGCUCCCCGUCCUGCCCUUCACGUCGGCCGAGUGGAAGAGGGCAAUCACGGAGAUAAAGAAGUGCUACGUUACUCGCCGGUACCGAGCAUGCUCGGCCAGGUGUAAUGAGAUCCUCACAAACACCAAGGACCUAGCCCGCGGUCACUACAAUGCCGCACAGUCAUUAAUUAGGCAGGCAGAGGAAGCAGCUGUUGCCCAGUCUCGGUCGACUUCUGCUGCGUCGUCGUUACCCAGCCUGCAUUCCCCAUCAGGCUCAGUCUCGUCCCGGGCAUGGACCCCAGAGUCCUGCCUGAUGACGCCGAACUGGACCCACUCCAGGAAGUCGAGUCUGCAGCAGGAACCACGUUCGGGGGACCGGGAGAGGCCAAAGAAGAAGGUCUCGUUCGAGCUGCCAAAGGAUAAGGACCGGUGGUCGUUCCGACUACCUGAGCCAGUGGUCCGCCCGGACUCACCGACACUGGGCUUCGACGACGAAUACUUCAUGUCCGGCGCGGCACGGCAGGACCUCCCGGACCUACCUGUGGCAUCGAGCAAGCGCUGGUCCCGGCAGGACAUCGAGGUCGACCCGCUGGACAGCCCCGCGUCAUCGCCGCCGCCCAUGCCGUCCAUCAGCGAGGACGAGGAGCCCAGCCCAUCCAGCUCGCCGUCCUCAGAAGGCUUCGGCUCCGACGUGUGCCCCUUUGGGCAGUUCGGCGCCGCGGACCUGGAGUCAGCCCGCAACGUAUCCCGCUACUGCGAGACCCUCACCUCGCUCAAGACGCAGGUGAACAGCCACAUGUCCUCGCUCAACCAGCUCCUCGAGUCCGACGAGCAGCUCCAGGCCCAGCACGACCAGCCCGAGUCGCCGCUGCUGUACGACGCGACGACCAUCAAGUCCGCGCACGUCAACCGCAUGAGCCUGGGCGGCCGGCAGCGCAGCGGCAGCAGCAUGAGCUUCAGCAGUGUUGGGUCCAUUGGCGGCGAGGAGGGGGAGACACGCGCUCAGGACCGUAUGGCCAGGAUCGACAAGCUGCGCAUGAACGGGUGGAAGAGGAAGAGGUUCGACGCGAGCCGCUACGAGGUGCUUUGCGAGACGGUCUUGGCGGAACUGAACGCCAACUGA